GCAUCGAAGCUCGAAACGAACAAUGGAAUGAUAGCAUGCUGUUGAACAUGGCUUGGGCUGAUCUCAUGAUAAGCUAUUCUACCAAUAGCUUCGUGGCUGACGUCGACCUCAAGUGUCCAACCGCACUAGAAGCAAGGAUGUUCGAGGAUUCCGAAGAAGCAGGACCUACAGGCAAACAGCAGUGGGGUUUGGAUGCUGGCCAACAUCACAGGCGAUGGAAUGUGUGUCUCGGUCCCUCGGACUUCCUGAUGAAUGGGUUUCUGGAAAAGAUUAUAACGAGAGUGAACUUGAAUGACAACUCUGAUGCUACAUCUUUGGAGUCUGCAGACGAGCUAUCCGAAGCUGUAGUUCCUUCUCUGCCGGCCGAAGAGUGUCCGCCCGUUAAACGUUGA